AUGAUCAUUCGAGUUUCAAAAAUCUCUGGUCAAUUCUCCGCUUAUCUAAUUCCAGUCUAUCUUUACGAUGAGCAAUGCUCGAUUUUCGUGUCAAUUUUAGAACUCAUCUUCUACCUUUUAUGUGGUUACGUAGCAUUUUCUAACCACCGAACAUUUUUGAGAAUUCGAAUGUUCCAUCAGAAUUUUAUAAUUUUGGCAAUUCCGAUGUUUGGAUUAUGGUAUGAGGUUAUCAUUGGGAAGCUUAUCACGAUGGCUUAUCAGUUGGAGUUUUUGAAAGUAUCAAGAGUGAAAAUGAAUAAUUUUUAUGAUUUAUGGACCAGUGAUCCUGAAGAAAUGGUUACUGUAGAUUCUCUGGAUGUUAUUUACGGUGCAAUUGCUCAUUGCAUUGAACGAACGAUUGCUUCCCUCUUGAUUAACAACUAUGAAACCAAUGAGAAACUUUACAUCCCGAUUGCGUUGACUUUUUUCACACAGUUCUUGGCAAUUUUCACAUCGUAUGUCGUGCUUUUUGAUAAAAUCGACAUAAUUUAUCUAAUUUUUUUAUGGAUGGGAACUUGUGUCAUUUCGUUGGUGCUAUUCUUCUGGCUAAAACACACCAAUGAAAAAUGGCUCUGCGAAAUGAAGAGUCCGCAUCGAAAACGAACUUUUACAGUUUCCCAGCGUUUCCAAGUCAAAGAAAAUAUUCGGGCAUUGAAACUCGGCAAGCGACUCGUUUUCGCUGUUCUGGGCACUAUGAUCAUUUCCGGUUCUGGAAUAAUCCUCGUCAUUCUUGAACUCAUUCCCCAGUUUUUAUGUCAUUUUGUGGAGAAUGCCGUGUUGUUAAAUCCGUUAUGGAUUUGUCCGGUGUUCAUGUACAGUUUGCCGGCUUGGAGGGACGACUUCCGGAGGGCAUUUCCAAGUUUUUUGAAGAAAAAACAAAAAUUGGGUACGGUGGAUGUGGAUGUGAAAGGGGUAGAUGUGAAGAAGAGGAUUUCAAUGGAGACUGAUGUUCAUUUUAUACAAUUGAAUGAAUUUUGGACUUGA